CGGGGGUUCGGAGCAGUGUGGGGCUCGCCGUGGGGCUGAGACGGCAGGUAGCCGGGUGGGCCAUGUCCGGGGCCGCAGCGGGCGGCCGAGGCGGAGGUUCCUGGGGGCCGGGGCGCGGAGGGGCGGGGGGUCUCCGGCGGGGCUGCUCUUCACCAGUGCCCGCUGGCUCCCCCCGGGUCGGUCUGCAGCCACUCAGGGCUACGGUCCCCUUCCAGCUGCAGCAGCCACACCAGCGCCGGGACGGGGGUGGCCGCGCAGCUAGCGUCCCAUGUUCGGUGGCCCCAGAAAAGUCAGUGUGUAGGCCUCAGCCACCCCAGGUCCGGCGUACAUUCUCCCUGGACACCAUCCUCAGUUCCUACCUUCUGGGUCAGUGGCCACGAGAUGCCGAUGGGGCCUUCACCUGCUGUACCAAUGACAAGGCCACCCAGACACCCCUGUCCUGGCAAGAGCCAGAAGGUGAGCGGGCCAGCUUCUGCAUGCACAAGCGAUCAGCAUCGUGGGGCAGCACAGACCACCGAAAAGAGAUCACCAAGUUGAAGCAACAGCUGCAGAGGACAAAGCUGAGCCGCAGUGGGAAGGAGAAGGAGCGGAGCUCCCCUGUCCAAGGGGACCAUGCUGUCCUGGGAGCAGUGAGGGCAUCCCUUCCCAGCCUCCCCCCAGGAUCCCCUGUCCUGCGACUCAGCCCUUGUCUGCACAGAAGCCUAGAAGGGCUCAACCAGGAGCUGGAAGAGGUGUUUGUGAAGGAGCAGGGGGAAGAGGAGCUGCUGAGGAUACUUGAGGUCCCUGAUGGGCACCGUGCCCCAGCUCCUCCACAGAAUAGCAGCUGUGACCAUCCCCUCCUCCUGGAGCCAGGCAACCUGACCAGCUCUCCUUCCAUGCCACUGGCAUCCCCCCAGCCUCCUGGCCUGGCCAGCCACCAGAGUGAGGAGCACCAGGGUGCUGCCGAGGAACUGGCAUCCAUCCACAGUAACAAAGCCUCCUCUCCAGGCCGCCCAGCCUUCCUAGAAGAUGGCAGUCCAUCUCCAGUCCUUGCCUUUGCUGCUUCCCCUCGGCCCAACCACAGCUACGUCUUCAAACGGGAGCCCCCAGAAGGCUGUGAGAGAGUGCGUGUGUUUGAGGAGGCCACGUCCCCAGGUCCUGACUUGGCCUUCUUGACUUCCUGUCCUGAUAAGAACAAAGUCCAUUUCAACCCGACUGGCUCUGCCUUCUGCCCUGUCAGCUUGAUCAAGCCCCUCUUCCCCAGUAUGGGCUUCAUCUUCCGUAACUGCCCCUCCAGCCCUGGCUCUCCUCUUCCCCCUGCCAGCCCCAGGGCACCACCUCGGAAGGAUCCAGAAGCUUCCAAGGCCUCCUCACUGCCAUUUGAGCCAUGGCAGCGCACCCCACCAUCAGAAGAGUCCGUGCUUUUCCAGAGCUCCUUGGUAGUCUGAGUCCCCCAGACCCCUACCACACUUUACCAUGGAGACUAGUGCCUUGGCGGCAAGCUCUUUGUUAGCUUCCUAAGCUGGGGAUGGAGGAGCCCUUCCCUCUUGGCCUUUGAGCACUUUCAUUUAUUGUGUCAAAGCCCCAGGUCCUUUGGUGGACAUCAACCCUCCAAAAGGGAGGAGCCUUACCUCCUCCCCUAGCAGCAGGCAGCUCACAUCUUACACUUGUGUACCUGUGGUUUCCCUCACCCGCUAGAAGAUCUUGAAUCUUCUAGCCCAGGGUGUGAGUCCAAAUGACUUCUAAGAGGCUCAUGUCAUGGAACAAGUUAGCUGUGGCUGAGAGAGAGGAGACGCCACAGCCUUCCUGACAGCUCCACUUCUAGAGACACAGAAAGGCAGACCAGAUGCCUCCCUCCUAGAGGAGCUGACCAGAGUGGUCCUCGGGGCCAGAACACUUGACCAAUCAGCUGUUGGUAGGGGACCAGAAGAUUUCCCAAGCGGCAUUUUCAUCUCAAUUUUACCCUGACUAAAGAUUGUCUUAAGCAGCGUCCCAGCCCAAAAUGAAUAAUGGGAAGAGGGAUCUGGCAUUCCUCCAGGGGGCAUGUAGCAGCCCCAUAAAUACCCUCCACCUGCCCCAGGGGGCGUGUAGCAACCCCAUACAUACCCUCCACCUGCCCCAGGGGGCGUGUAGCAGCUCCAUACCCUCUACCCACCCCAGGGUUGGGUUAAAUUAGAAAAAUGCCUAUUUUUCUUGUAUCGAUGUAGAAACUCUAUUUUCUCCCAAAGACACUAUUUUUGCAGCUAUUUGAAGUUUGUAUAUUUUCCGUACUGCAGAGCUUACACGAAAUUGAAGAAUGUUAAUGUUCAAGGUUUCUUAUCUUGUGUUUAGAGGUUAUUGUGGUUUUUGUUUGUUUGUUUGUUUUUUGCAGAUCUUGAUUUUAAUAGACCAAAUAAAUAAGUAUUCCAGCA